CUUUUUAUCUUUCAGCACAGAAAGACAUCAGUCAUGGCAGGGGAUGCCAUCAUGGUCAUGAGGGGCUUGACCAAGCUCAGUAAAGCCAUCCUGGAAACCCAAGCAGGACAGCUUCGGCAGGUGCUCCUCGGGGGAGAUGCAGUCACCAUCGCAAAGGCUCUGCAGGCCACUGCUGAGGAACAGCUCUCUUCUGCCCUGGGGAAAGUGCAGGAACUAGGCAAACAGCAGGAGAACUUUACUGACCUUGGUGAGGAUUUUGGGAAAGACUAUGACUUCUCAGCCCGAGAGCCAUCAGGUGCUCCAAUGGACUUCUCCACUGCCCCUGGCAAGCCUCAGGAACACAGCACUGAAGGCCCUGCUUACUCCUACACAACAAAUGGACCUUUCAGAAAUGUUGAUGAGACUGGAGAUUCUGGCAUGGGUCAGAAGCCUUUCCCUCCCAAAAUGGAUGCAAGAUUAUUUGGAGGCAUCAGGGACUCUGGAAAUCCUUUUGCUGCUGCCUUUGGACAAAAUAGAGCUUUUCACCAAGACCAUUCCUCUGUUGGUGGAUUAACUGCUGAAGAUAUAGAUAAAGCCAGACAGGCCAAAACAGGUUCAGGGCAGAAACCCUACAAACAGAUGCUCAGCGAGCGGGCCCGGGAGAGGAAGGUUCCUGUCACCAGGAUUGGCCGACUUGCCAACUUCGGAGGACUGGCUGUUGGUCUUGGCAUUGGGGCGCUGGCAGAAGUGGCGAAGAAGAGCCUUAGACCUGAGGAACGCAGUGGGAAGAAAGCAGUGAUGGAUUCUAGCCCGUUCCUGUCAGAGGCCAAUGCAGAAAGGAUUGUGAGGACCUUGUGCAAAGUCCGGGGAGCAGCACUGAAGCUGGGACAGAUGCUAAGCAUUCAAGAUGAUGCCUUCAUCAAUCCCCACCUCCAGAGGAUUUUUGAGCGUGUCCGUCAGAGUGCUGACUUCAUGCCAAUAAAGCAGAUGACGAAAACUUUGAACAAUGAUCUUGGCCCCAACUGGAGGGAUAAACUGGAGUUCUUUGAAGAACGUCCCUUUGCUGCUGCUUCAAUUGGUCAGGUUCAUCUGGCACGCUUGAAAAACGGGAAAGAAGUUGCCAUGAAAAUCCAGUACCCCGGAGUCGCCCAGAGCAUCAGCAGUGAUGUCAACAACCUGAUGGCUGUCCUGAGCAUGAGCAAUAUUCUCCCUGAAGGUUUGUUCCCAGAGCACUUGAUUGAAGUCGUGAGCAGAGAGCUGGCCCUGGAGUGUGACUACCUGAGAGAAGCUGCCUGUGCAAGGAAAUUCCAGGAGCUGCUGAAAGACCAUCCCUUCUUCUAUGUCCCAAGAGUAAUAGAUGAGCUGUGCAGCAAGCAUGUGCUGACCACAGAGCUGGUGUCUGGCUUUCCCUUGGACCAAGCUGAAGGGCUGAGCCAGGAGAUUCGAAAUGAGAUCUGUCACAACAUCCUGGUGCUGUGCCUGCGGGAGCUGUUUGAGUUCCGGUACAUGCAGACUGACCCCAACUGGUCAAACUUCUUCUAUGACCCACAGCUGCACAAGGUGGCCCUGCUGGACUUUGGAGCAACGCGAGGGUUUGAUGAGAAGUUCACAGAUGUCUACAUAGAGGUAAUCAAGGCAGCUGCUGACAUGGACAGGGAGAGAGUACUGAAGAAAUCCAUUGAGAUGAAAUUCCUCACUGGCUAUGAAAUCAAGGAAAUGGAAGAUGCCCACUUAAAUGCUGUCCUCAUCCUGGGAGAGGCUUUUGCAUCUGAGGAACCCUUUGAUUUUGGCAACCAAAGCACCACAGAAAAGAUCCAUGGUUUAAUCCCCAUCAUGCUGAAGCACCGGCUCAUCCCCCCGCCAGAGGAGACCUAUUCUCUUCAUCGCAAAAUGGGCGGCUCUUUCCUCAUCUGCACCAAACUGAAGGCCAAAAUUCCCUGCAAAAACAUGUUCCAAGAGGCAUAUAGCAAAUACUGGAGCAGUAGGGGCAAGAAGCCAUAGGAGUAGUAAGAAUGAACUUGUUCUGAGGGCCCGGUUCAGCUGAGCCUUGCAGAGAGCAUUCUAAGCCUCCCCUGCGUUGCUCCCCAGCUCUCCAUCCUCUUGAGAUGCAGCAGCCCUGUGCCCUGGGAGCCAGGUGUGCAUUCCACGAGGCCAAAGCUGCUCUUUCCUGAUGUCUGUCCUACCUGGACUGCCAGCACAGCCCACAGCUUGAGUGCUUCUGUGCUGCUUCAGGGCACCAGCUGACCACCCUGAACGCAUUUGUAACAUUGUGAUGGUGGCUGCAUAUUGAGGGGGUUUUAUAACAAG